AUGUCAUUACAACUUCCUGAAUUUCUUCUUAAAGACACAUCCUCUGAAAUUAAUUCAACUGAUACCACCAAUAAAAAAAUAAAACAAACCUCAAGACUUCGUCACAAUCACCAUACUCUUCAUUGUGCAUAUAAUGGAUGCAAUAACGUGGCUAAGAAGCUUAUAGGGGAGUGUCAAUUGUGUAAUGGCAUUUAUUGUUCAAAACAUAGAAUACUGGAAACACAUGAUUGUUCAGGCUUGAGAGAUUGUAAAAUGGAAUUAAGGGAAAGAAAUAUGAAGAAAUUAAUAAAUGAAAGAACAAUAAGUGAGAAAAUUAGAACGUGA